AUGACACGUUUAAAAUGUUUGAUCGCAAACAUUUUUAUUUUUGUUUCCUUCGUAUUGUGUGAAGAUGUUGAAUACUAUCCAUCUCAGGCAGCCUUAAACAGUUAUUCAAAUAUUGCCAAAAGAUCUGUAAAUGAACCUGAGUUGGAAAAGGGAAAAGUUGCAAAUAACAUAAAGUGGAGACAUUUCAAUGAAAACAAAAACGAAACGCAAGAAGUAAAAACUAAAAGAGCGGUGGACCCAAUAUUCCAUGGUCAUCCAAAAACCAGAGAGGAGCUAUGGAAUGAGCGUUUCUUAAACAAAAGCUCAGCAUUUGAUCAAACACCCUCCUUGAUUAAACUUAUUCAUAAUAUUACGCUAAGAUACUUGAACGAUUGCAUUCCUGUAAUUCUUUACGAUAGCCAAAUAAAAACACGAGAAAGUUACUUGUUUCAAAAUUUACUUAAAGAUUUUCCAGUAUCUUAUGUUCAUGGAUACAUUGACGACAAUAACAAAUUAAAAGAACCUGAACUACUAAUACCAGUUAAGCAGUGUCUUCAUUUCAUAGUAUUUUUGACUGAAGUAAAAAGCAGUGCAAAAGUUUUAGGGAAACAGUCUGAAAGCAAAGUUGUUGUUGUGGCUCGGUCGUCGCAGUGGGCAGUACAAGAAUUUUUAGCAAGUUCCUAUUCUAGGGUGUUUAUUAAUUUACUUGUCAUUGGUCAAAGCUUUAAAGACGACGAUGAUAAUUCACUGGAAGCACCAUACAUUCUGUAUACACACAAACUGUAUACAGAUGGACUAGGUGCUAGCCAGCCUAAAGUUUUAAGCUCUUGGACACAUGGAAAGUAUUCAAGAGACGUUAAUUUAUUUCCACCGAAAAUGACAGAAGGAUAUGCAGGGCACAGGUUUAUAGUUGCCGCUUCUAAUCAACCACCUUUUGUUUUUCGGAAAAUAAAAACUGAUCUCGACGGUGGGAAUCCCCGUGUGAUUUGGGACGGAAUCGAAAUGAGGUUACUUCACUUGCUAGCAGAAAGGAAUAACUUUUCGAUUGAAAUCUUGGAACCUCAGGAACCUCAUCUGGGGUCCGGAGAUGCAGUCACCAAAGAAAUUGCUAUGGGUAGAGCUGACAUUGGAGUAGCGGGAAUGUAUCUGACAGUCGAUCGAACCAAAUCCAUGGAUAUGUCUUUUUCCCAUUCUCAAGAUUGCGCCGUGUUUAUUACUCUCAUGUCUACUGCUUUACCCCGAUAUCGGGCAAUUUUAGGGCCAUUCCAUUGGCAUGUCUGGGUUGCUCUUACAUUCACCUAUUUAAUCGGCAUUUUGCCUUUAGCAUUCUCCGACAAACAUACUCUUCGACAUCUUUUACACAACAGUGGUGAAAUAGAAAACAUGUUUUGGUACGUCUUCGGAACGUUCACCAAUUGUUUCACGUUUGUUGGGAAGAACUCUUGGAGCAAGACUACUAAGAUUACCACUCGACUUUUGAUCGGUUGGUAUUGGAUAUUCACUAUAAUAAUAACCAGUUGCUAUACUGGUUCGAUCAUUGCAUUUGUCACGUUACCCGUUUUCCCUGAAACUGUGGACACUAUUGAGCAGUUGAUUGCGGGGUUUUACCGCGUCGGGACAUUAGAUCGAGGAGGUUGGGAAAGAUGGUUCUUCAACUCAUCAGAUGCAAAAACCAACAAACUUUUCAAGAAAUUGGAAUUAGUUCCGAAUGUAGAGUCGGGAAUCAGAAAUACGACUAAGGCGUUCUUUUGGCCGUAUGCCUUUUUGGGGUCUCAGGCUGAAUUAGAAUACAUUGUUCAGUCAAACUUUACUGCAACAAAGUCAAAACGCGCCAUGCUCCACAUUUCUAAUGAAUGCUUCGUACCAUUCGGGGUGUCAAUGGGCUUUCCCACCAAUUCCUUGUAUUCUGCAAAACUGAGUGGAGAUUUACGAAGGAUGUUUCAGAGUGGUAUUGUUGACAAAAUUGUUGAUGAGGUUCGAUGGGAAAUGCAGCGCAGUGCUACGGGAAAGCUAUUAUCAGCUGGAUUAGGAUCGCUCAAAAUAACUUCCGCUGAAGAAAAAGGUCUGACUUUAGAGGACACCCAAGGCAUGUUUCUUCUGCUUGCUGCUGGAUUCCUCAUGGGCGCUUCAGCACUCGUCUCUGAAUGGAUGGGAGGCAUCACAAGACGAUGUCGUAUUGGAAGAAAGAAACCUUCCAGCGCCAAUUCUAAAGAAGAACUAAUAACCACUCCUGAUUUAGAGAGCGAAAUUAAAGUCAUCUCAGAUUGUACUGAGAGUAGACUCAAUUUUGAUACUAAAUGUUCAAGUGCUUGUUCAAGAGAUACACUUGAAGGUCAAGUUAUAAACGUGACUGAAGAAAAUAUUGUGGUGCAUGAGACUUUGGAUGCAGCAACAUGGGAUUCCAGACGAUCUAGUUCGGUGGAUUUGGAUAGAGAAGUGCAGGAGAUAUUUGAAAAGGAUCUGAGGAGACGAAGAAUUGUGACAGGUGACAUAGAGGAAGCGGCUGAAGGGAAGAGAGAGCCAACGGCAUCGAAUGGAGCAUUUGGAGACCAUCUUAAUUAGAUUACACCAAGUACAAUUUUAGAUAUUUACAAGUAUGCAACUUAUGCAAAUUUUAAUAAUAUAGUUUAUUGUGCCUAUAUUAUA